CCUAGUGGGAGGCUUUUCUUUUUUUUUUUGAAAAGAAGAGAAGAAUUAAAAAAAAAACACAUUUAGACAACGACAAGAAGAUCAGAUUGGAAAGAAAGGAGGAGCAGAGGGUGAAAUAUUUAAAAAGAGACUGAGGCGAGAUGAGCAGAGAGAAGCCAAAGUCAAAGAGUCACCGGCAAAAACUUAGAGAAGAGAGAGAAUAAAUCAGAGCAGCUGGGGGGAGAAACUGCGCUACGCCUUUUCUUUUUCCUUAUUUCUUCUGUCCCUCUACUACUUCAUAAAACAGAGGAGGAGAGACACAAUGAGGAGAGCGGAAGAGAGUCGAGGAAGAUAGAAGAAGAAGGAGGAGAGGAAGCAGACUUUUUCUUCAAAUUCCAGAUAGAUACACAAGAUAUUUAAGUGCAAGAGACAAAUCCAAUGGCGUGCUACUACAUUGUGAUCAGUUCCACCCACCUGCAUGAUGGGCAGCUGAGGAGCAUCAAGGGGGUGUUCAGAGGUCCAAUAGGAACCAACAGCCAAAGAAACACGGAGGAAGGAGACUCCAGUUUUUACUGCGAGCUUUGCGAUAAGCAGUACGUGAGACACCAGCAGUACGACAACCACAUCAACUCCUACGACCACCACCACAAGCAGCGCCUCAAGGAGCUGAAACAGAGGGAGUUCUACAGAGCGCUGGCCUGCAGGAGGCAGAGGAGACGCAGGGAGGAGAAGAGAGAGCUGAGGAGGCUCCAGAAGCAUGAAGAGAGGAGAACGGGGGAGUGCGCUCCAGGUUCUGGUCCCAUGUUCCGGUCCACCACAGUGGCAGUGGAACCAGCAAACCAGACCAGACCGGACUCUGUGCAGAACUGGGGCGACAACAACACGAGCAGCGCCACACAGGGAACAAAUCCUCAAACACCGCUGAUCCAGCCCUUCCUUCCCCUGGACCCUGCACUGGAAACCAGACUCCUGAGCAACACGCAGUGGGCUUACGACCCAAUGGACACCAACAGCACUCAGACUACUGCUGCUGAAUCCUGCAUCCUCAACGAGACCCAAAUGGACUACAAUGAGCUGACCACAAACAACACAAUGAACACAAAUAUCAACACUACCAAAACCAGGCACUUUAACAAGAUCCCUUGGGCUCACAAUUAUUUAAGCAACCCCAUUACUCCCAAUAACAUCCCAACGACUGCCACCAACACCGCCACUAAUGGCUCCAUUUUCAACACAACCACCGCGACCAACUUCAGCAAGAAAAUCACCCCGGCCAUUACUACUAACGCGGCCGACAUCGGCGACAACAGUGGCGGAGCAGUGUGCGGACCAAGCGUCCAGUCCAUCCGCAGCAGAGUCCGCCCCGUGUCCUUCUCACUGCCCAAAAGGAGCUGUGUCCUCCUCCACCAAUCAGCUGCCGUCUUCAUCCAAGCCGGGCGAGGCUCUGGCUUGUCGGGGAAGCAAGAAGGUGUGAUGGCGCAAGAAAGAGUCAAAGAUCCGGGGGAAAAAGUUGCAGAUCAGCAGCUCAAAUCUCCAGUAUCUGCAGACGUGGACGUUGUAGGCAUGUGCCACUCGGACACUGGAAACCAGCGCAGUGUGGACAUUAAAACUGCAAUCCAGCACUCUGAGGCUGGAACCAAUAUGCCUCCUGAGAGGGGAACUGGAGGACUCUCUGGGACUGGAGCCCAGGUUUCUUUAUUUAAUCGCAAUGUAAUCAGAGUUGAGGACUUUGUUAUCAGUGGGAAUGGAGCCCAGCACUCCUUAUGUAAUGACAACGGGACUGGAGCCCAAGUCGGCAGGGAAAGUGGGACUGGAGCUCAUCAAUAUUUAAACAGUGGGAUACCAGGGCAGAUUUCUGACAGUGUUAGCACAGUUGAUGCUAAAGAUUCAGUAUGCAGAGACAGCGAGGCUGAAACCCACGGCGAUGUGGCCUAUCGUACAGAGUUAAACCCCACCCAAGAAUUGAAAGAUCUGCUUAGUCCCGCUACAAAUCAGCAAAAGUCAAUAGCUGGUGUUUUAAAUGACACCAAAGAGUCUUCAAUCCAAACACAGCCCAAAGAAUCAAGUUUCUCUCUGUCAAACGGGGCUAAAGAAUCAACUUUUUUGCCUACAAAUCGCCCCAAAGAGCCGUUUUGCCGCGUCCUGAGCAGAGACGGUAGCCGGGUUCUUCUCUGGCCGUCGGAGAUGGUUAGCUACACCAAGACCUUGCCCUCCAUCUCCUACAGCAUAAACCCUCUACUGUACGACUUCAGAGCACAUAACAGGGCCAAGGAAGGGGGUGAGGAAAAGAAAGGGCUAGAGGAAGGGAGGGAGAGAAUAAAGCCGUCUGUGAUCAAACAACCUGACUGCCAACAGAGGCAGGAAGCUAUGGAGGGAGGAAGGGAGGUGAAGAUAGAUGAAAGGGAAGAAGGAAGACAGGCAGGUAAUCCUAUGGAACCUGUAGCCCAUUGUAGCGGUGGCGGCGCGGUUCCGGCACGCUGCGGCUGCCGCGAUGAAAGCGCUUUAAAAUUUGUUCCAGUUUCCGCAGAGUGCCACCUUGCACCGUCGCUGGGCCUUCAAAAAACAGGCAGGAAGAGGAGGAGGAAGAGGAGGGGAGGGGUGAGGAGAGGAAUGAGGAAGAGGGGUAGGAGGAAAAGAGGAGAGGAGACCGAAAGGGGAAGAAGGAUAAUAAGUAGAGUUUCUGAGAACCAGAUGUUUGAAGGGAGAGGAGACGAGAGGUUGAAAAGAGAGGGCAGCGAAAAAGAGGAGAGGAGAGAAAAAGGGCUAUUAAGUAACCCUGCAGUGCAUCGGCUGGUAGGAGGGAGAGAAAAGAAGAUGAGGGGAGAGGAGAGAAGGAUAAGAGGAGAUCAGUCAGAGCGAGAGAGGGCAGGUAGAAAUGACGAGAAGAGAGGAGCGCUAUUAAGUAAUCUUCCUGUGAAUCGGUGUAAUCGGUGUAACCAGCUGUGUCUGCAGGUGAAAAGGGAGGCCAGCAAGCAUCAAUCCCAGCAAUCAGCCUCCGGGUGGGGCCAGGGGCUCAGAAAGCUCCUCUGUAGGGGUGCAGCAUGUAACUCAGUGAUUAGCCCCGUCCCUGGGUCUGUUAUAGAGACGCCAUGCUGUCCUGCAAUUACACCCGAGCCUGCUCUGAAUGACAGAGAGACGGGGGAGAUGCACAAAAAUACACAAGCAGGGAAGCACGAAGGGCAGAGACAUGAGGAGCAAAGCAAUCUGAGCAAGACAGAGAUAAGCGCCGUUCAGGAUGCUAAAGAAAACGCGUGUAACCUAGUGAUUAGCGGUGAUUCUUUUCCCUGUCGAGAAGCAGCGCGCGAGCCAGAAAUGUGUCUUGUUCCUACACCUCAUAGGGAAACAGCAUGGGAUCCAGCGAUUAGCCUUGUCCCCGCACCCUUUAGAGGAACAGCGGGUAGUCAAAGACAAACAAUACCUGCAGCAAGCAGCCAUCCUGCGUUAGGCCUGGCCCCACGCUGCUCCGCACAACAGACAGAAACACAGCCGAGAAUCAGAUCGGCCUGCGGAGACAUGACCCUCCCUGGCGGUGCAACGUUUUCGAUGUUGAAGAGAGUAGAAACAACCCGGCAAGAGAAAGACAGAACCGCCCGAGGCUGGGGAAACGCCAAAGAAGAAACGGAAAAGGGGAAGGAGACAAACGAGGAGAGCUGUAGGUGUUUUGAGACAGGAAAGGGCGUGCGAGGAUGCCGCAAAACUCAACAAGACUGGGACACUUCUGGACAACUGCCUGGGCAGUCCAGAGGGCGACAGGACGGAGAGAAACACAGACUGCCACUCCGGGAUGAAACACCGUCUGUGUCAUGAACCAAAUAACAGCGAGGGAACGUUUACCUGUAACAGCGCUGACAAACUCAAACACCACUGCCGCCCUCC